CCCAUUGCUAUUCAGACCACAUCGGAAGAGCAGUUCAACAAAAAGUCUGCUAGGUCGCAUUUCAACAUAAUGGAGGACCUCUUUUCAAUUAAGAAGCACUACAAUGAGUCCCUUCAGUCUCUUAUCCAUUGUGUUGAUGAGUUUAUGCACAUUCUGAAGAACCUCUGGGACGCUGGCUCCAAUCUCAAGAAGCAGGAGAAGGAGCUGACCUGUAUGAUGCUCUUGUGGUCUCUCCCAUCUGAAUUUGACUCUUUCCACUCUUUCCUCAGUCUCAUGGAUGUCCUGUCUCACUCCAAGCUUGAGGACACGUUCAGGCAUGAGGAUUUG